AUGGGCCGCCCGGCCUACACCGCACCGGGCGGAUCUCCUCCGAUGGCCGGUAGCCCGAGUCUGUGUCACCCCCGCCCCGGCGGUGACAUCAACGUAGGUCACAUGAGCCAGGCGCGGCGGGAGUUCAGACGAGCCCCCCGGAAAAAAACUGGUUUGCCUGCAAACCCGGCAGACAGACGGGCGCGGGCUCGGCGGCCGCAGCCAGGCCCGGAGCCGGUUGCCAGGGAGGCACCGGCCUCUCAGCAACCCGGAGGCCCCCGGGCACACCGCGCUAGGGCGCCGCUCUGCCUGUACGGCCCCUGA